AUGGCUCGCGGCGAGACUCAGCAGACCAAGGUCCACUACAAGGGCGGCGACGACUUCAUCAUCUUCAUCGAUGAUGUUGAGACCUACCAGAAGUGGAAGACUGACAAGAGCGUCCCCCUCGCUCACUUCAUCUCCUCUUUCAAGAUCUUCGUUACUCACGGCCAAGGAGCUCAGGGAAACCUCGAUGCCGCCUCCAAGGCUGAGCUUGAGAACGAGUUUGGUACUCACGUCGACGACGAUGUCAUCAAGCAGAUCCUUGAGAAGGGCGCCACUCAGACUACCGAGUUCCCCGAGCGUCAAGGUCCCAAGAACGAUAGCAAGGGCUCCAUGACCUCCCACUAG